AUGACCGGUUACGUCGGCACAACUAAAGCAACCACUGUCAUUGGCUUCUUCUCAUGUCAAUCGGUUGCUAUUCUCAUACAGCGGAUGAACGCGUCUAUGAGACAUAUCCGCGUAAUGUCACGGUAUGUAUCCGGGCCAUCUCACACUUCUCCGCACGGAGAUGCAUACAACCAUGGCCCAGAUGCCAGAAAGGGGACAUGUUAUCUCGUGCUUCCCGCCCAACCAGAUACAACCCGUCCCCAUCAACACUAUCACCAGCGUCUCAAAAUGGCUAUCACUGACUCCUCACCCAAAGAGACGCCUUAUCUGGAAGGAUGGCGACUAGCCGUCGUUAUUACCUGUCUGUUCUUUGGAUCUUUCUUGAUCGCCCUGGACGCCAAUAUUAUCAACGUCGCCAUUCCACAGAUUUCGUCCGACUUCCAAGCAUUGGAUGAUGUAGCCUGGUAUGGGACUGGCUAUCUGUUGACCGUGACGGCCUUCCAGCCUGUCUACGGAUGCUUCUAUCGAUUCUUCCGGACCGAUAUUGUCUAUCGCGUGUCAAUUUUUAUCUUUGAAGUGGGCACCAUUCUGUGCGCGGCAGCAACCUCCUCGCCUAUGUUUAUUGUAGGGCGGGCCAUUGCUGGUUUCGGUGCCGCUGGAGUUCUACAGGGGGCCCUCAGUAUUAUUGGACAGGUGGUGCAGCUGGAAAAGCGACCAUUGUAUAUGGGAAUAGUCAUUAGUGUCUUCGUCAUAACAGUCUGCAUUGGCCCUCCACUUGGGGGGGUUUUUACUCAACACGCGACUUGGCGAUGGUGCUUUUGGAUCAACCUACCCUUUGGUGCCGUCGUUCUCGGCGGACUCACCAUCUUCCUCAAAGUUAACGGGCAGGAAAACGAGGAGCGUCGAUUACCUCUGCCCACUAAAUUGGCCAGCAUGGAUCCUCUCGGUUGCGCUAUCUUUCUAGGCGCGGUGUGUUGCCUCCUGUUGGCCUUGCAAUGGGGUGGCCAAACGAAGAGCUGGACUUCGUCGACAAUUAUUGGUCUACUCGUGGGCACAGCCGCAUUAGCCUUACUGUUUGUCUACGUACAGUCGAAGAGAGGCGACCGAGCCCUGAUUUCAUUGCGUGUAUUCUGCCGGAGGUCCGUCUUCACGAGCGCUAUGGUCCUCUUCUUUCUCGGCGGAUCGACAUACCUAGAUACGUAUAUUCUUCCAUUCUACUUCGAAGCCGUUCACGGGAUCAGUCCAGUCUCAAGUGGGGUGAACUUCAUCCCCCUAAUGCUAUCUGAAAUGGUCACAUUGGUAUUCAUUGGGGCCGUGGUCAAACAGUGGGGGCAAUAUGUACCCUAUAUCCUUGUCGGCGAACUGAUUUGCAUUGUGGGCACGGCUCUUCUCAGUCAACUUCAUCCACUCACCCGAACUGUUCAGUGGGCCGCGUAUCUGGUGGUCACCGGUUUUGGCCUAGGGCUAGCGAUGCAAUUACCCUAUACUGCUAUUCAGGUGACACUGUCAUCUUUGGACCUUCCUAUAGGAAACGGUAGGCCGCUUACCUCAAAUUCUAUGCCCCUGGCGAUAUUUGUUUUCCUAUCUAAUAAGCAAACCGUGUAAAACUCGCCAACAGCAAUUGCCGUGCUUUUCUACCAGCUUGGGGGGUUCGUCAAGCCGCAAUCUACCCCGUUUUGUUGUCCCCAGUUUAAAAUAAUUGUAAACAGAGCAAUUGCCAUUGCUAUGGCCCAGACUGUUGUCCUUAGUACGAUUACCGAGGAUCUCCAAGGACAGAUCCCCGGCCUCACAAGUCAUGAUGUUUUCGAAGCCGGUGCCGCGAAUCUCGAGACCUUAGCGCCGACACCGGCAGAUCUCACACUGCUGCGUGAGAUUUGGAAUAAGGGUAUACGGCGCACUAUGAUUCUGUCAGUGGCGUUGGUGGCGGCUGCAGUGCCGUUCACGUUGGGGAUGGAAUGGUUGAAUGCUAAGAAGGUGGCGAGGAAGAGACAGGCACAGGAAGAGGGAAACAAGGACAAGGAGGAAAAGGGGGUUGAUGUGACUGUAUUCUCCCCUACAGAGCAGAUGGUCGAGCUCGAGCAGCUCUCAAAAUAGCCGAAAGUCGGGAACGGACGGUCAUCACUGUAGGUUGGUAAUCUACCAGUGACUCAUGAAAUACUGACUCCGAAGGAGAGCAGGUUAUAAGCAUGCUUGAGGACUUCAGUGGUAUCAAUGUUGUGAUAUGAAGAGAAAAUAGAAGGAUAUGGAACAAUGGUUCUGUCCAGGGUCAUUUCGGUGUACACUAAUUCCGGAGAAAGUCAAGAAGAAUAUUUACUCGUAAUUAAACAUAUUAUUCCAGUAGCCAAUUCAAAUGUUCCCAUUGCACUUAGAGUUAAAUAGCACCUGAAUGGACUCCUCCUCACAUCAUUCGAUAUAUCCACUUUCGGAUAUGCACUGUACCUACAGUGCACAUGUAACAUCAGUUUCUAAUGUUAGGUAAAUUUGGCAGCAAUUUGAAUCUCAACAUUCAAGGAUUGACGAGCACAAUUAUUGCUGUCGCGUUGUCAAAAAAUAAUCCACUUAUUGGCCAUCAUUUCUCUCCAAAUCCGGGGACUCUUUCACUCCCACUCUCUAUUCAGAGGCGGUCUCUUGGUCGCCGGAACAUUCGCUACCUCGAACUCUUUCCGAACAUAGAGGACAUCUAAGGGAACGAUCGUCGCCCCAACGGCACUUCUUUGCGACUCGGUGUUGCCUUCCCCCCUCGGGCCGGACUCCCCCGGACCGUAUCCUUUACGUCCAAUGUUUGGAAGCUUCUGGUAGGGUGUGCGGUAGGCGGCUUUUCCGUAAAGGUGCUGG